AUGUCCAGACAGAAAGCCAUCGGUGUCGUAUCGCUCGUAUUGAUGUGUGUGAGCGGGACGCUCGCAUACGCGCAGCAAGAGCAGGUCUUGCACGAGUACUUCAACCUCCCCGGUGAUCUGAGCGGUCUGCGCGAGAAGAGCGCGAGCGGCGCGGGCGCAGAGCCCCCGCGCAUCAAGGCGAGGGAGCCUGGCGAGGCGCCUCCCCUGACGCUCGAUGUCCGUCAGGACGAGCCCGUCAUGGGGCAAAAAGGGCCGAUGUCCUCGCUCCCCAUGACCAACCCGCAGGGUGGCCUCGAUCCUGGCACCGCGGCGAACAAACUCGAUGACAACACCGAUCGCGUCGACGAGCUCAACUACUUCUCGAGCUUUGAUCCGAGCGUCAUCCCCUACAAGCGAGGCGUCGCGCAGAACGAGGUCCGUAUGUCGGGCGCGGAUUACGCGUUUGUCGUGGACACGGGGCGCUUCCAGCGCGUCGGCAUCGGGGCUGGAGGGCGCGAGGCGAGCAAGGAUGAGGAUGUCUUCUGGGGGACCUUCCUCAUCAAGUCGAGCCCUGGGAAUCGCACGCCGAUCCCGAGCGUCGCGCCAGACCAGCGCGUCCUCGAGGUGCACACCGAACCGGCGACCUCGGUCGUGAUCGAGCGCGACGGCGCGGACAACUUCUACCUGACCUCCGAGCGCUCGGAUCUCGUGCGCGUGAACAUGAAGAUCGCCGCGCCCAGGCGCUACUUCGAUGGUGAGUUCGGGUGGGUCGCGUGGUCGAGCUUUGACAGGAGCGCGCUGCCAAAGCUUCCUCGCGCGCUCUACCCCGUGGCCGAGGAUGUGAUGCGAGAGAUCGGCGUCUCGCGAGCGUCGAUCAACCCGAAAGAUGCGCUCAUGCGCCUCAUCGAACACUUCCGUGACUUUGAAGGGAAGCCCUUUCCCCAGGAGAUGCGCGGCGAGGAUAUCUAUUACUCGAUCGCCACGAGCAAGGUCGGGGUUUGCCGCCACCGAAGCUUCGCCUUCGUGAUCACCGCCACCGCGCUGGGGAUCCCGAGCCGCUAUGUCUACAACGAGGCGCACGCCUUCGUGGAGAUCCUGUGGCCGGGGCUCGGGUGGAGGCGCGUGGAUCUCGGGGGCGCGGCGCAGGACGUUUUGAUGCGUGCAUCGGACGAGCAGCGCCGCGUGCAUGACGGCGCCGCCAACGACACCUUGCCCAACCCGCCGUCCUACCAACAGGAGCUCGAUCGACUCGCCGAGCAGGAGCGCCAGCGCAACAACAACGUGGGUGAUGGCGCCGCGGGUGAUAAUGGGGGCAACGGUGAUAACGGCGGCUUCGACGUCGGCGAUGGUCCUCAGAGCAAGGAGGAGGUUGGCGAUAACGUCACCGAGAACAACAGCGAUGAUAUUCUGGAGAACUUCCAACCCCCCGAGGAUAACCGAAAGCGCACGUCGCUGAUCAUCAAGAGCGUCUCGCCGGAGGAUCUUCGGCGCGGAGAGUCUUUCCAGAUCGCGGGAGCGCUGACCGAUAUCGAUGGCACCCCGAUCCGAAAGGCGAAGGUGCGCGUUCUGCUUGUCUCACCGACGGCGCGUGGGGUCGUCGGGAGAGAGCUCGGCGUGACCGAGACAAGCCUUGGCGGGAACUUUCGCGCCGAGCUCGAGCUCCCGGCCGAUCUCCCGAUCGGCCGAUGGGCGUUGCGCGUGGCGUUCGCGGGAGACGAUGAUCACGGGCCAUCGGGGAGAACGCACGUGGAUCUUGAGGCAAUGGUCGGCGAGGUACUCGCUCACCGCUUCAAGUUGGACUCGCUGCUGGGGCAGGGAGGUUAUGGGGCUGUAUUCGAGGCUACGCAGCUUUCGAUGAGGCGCCGUUGUGCGGUCAAGGUCCUACACGAGCGCCUGCUCGGGGACACCAUGGCGAGCGAGCGCUUUCGCGCCGAGGCGAUCGCCACAUCCAAGCUUCAACAAGGCAACAGCGUCAUCAUCUACGACUUCGGCGAGGACGAGGAUCGCAACCUCCUCUUUAUCGCCAUGGAGUACCUGGAGGGUGUCAGCCUCAACGAUCUCAUCAAGCAAGAGGAGAAGCUGCCGCUCGAUGUCGUCUUGCACGUCGUCGAGCAGAUGGCCGCGAGCUUACAGGACGCGCACGACAACGGGAUCGUGCACCGCGAUAUCAAGCCGCAUAACGCGAUGGUGAUGCCUCGCGGAAAGGACCCUUACUUUGUCAAGGUCAUCGACUUUGGCAUCGCCAAGUUGCUCCAGGAGGCCACGCUCACGCCGCUCGACAAGGUUACGCAGACGGGCGUGAUGAUCGGCACGCCGCACUACAUGGCGCCCGAGCAAAUCCGUGGGCAGGGGGUCGAUGGCCGCACCGAUCAGUACGCGCUGGCCAACUGCAUAUACAAGAUGCUUCUUGGCCACACGCCGCUCCAGGGCAACACCCCUGUGGACGUGGCAGUGCAGCAGCUCACCGAGAUGCCAAAGCCGCUGCGCGAGUUCGACGCGACGCUCCAGGUGAACGACUCCUUCGAGCAAGUCCUGCAACGCGCCUUGAGCAAGGAUAUCGAGGAUCGUUAUCCUCGCAUCACGGACUUCUCGAGCGCCUUGCGCGCGUCCCUCCGAGGGCUCGCGACCGUCCCCAUCGACAUCUCGCAGAUGAAGGUGCCCGAUGCAUCCUCGUCCUCGUCCUCGAGUUCGAUAGAGCGGAGCGCGAUCGAGCCCACGGUGGAUGCUCCCGUGGUCGCGGCGACAGGUCCGAUGGCCUUCGAUCCGAUGACUGGAGAGCCGCUCGUCAAAAAAAUGAGCGGCGAGGCGUUCGCGCCGACAUCCGAGCAGCGCCAACCCGAGCGUCGUCACUCGCGUGAUUCGGGGCCGACCCCGCUCGGCCAGGGCAUCGACCUCUCGGGCUCGCUCGGCACGUCUGGGUUGUUCCUCUCUGUGGCGCUGUUGGUUGCUGUGUUCGCCAUCAUCAUGAGCACGCGUGGCGAAAAGAACGAUGUGCAGGAGACACCAAACAACACCGUCGCGACGCUCCAGGAGGGCCAGACGUCGGAGACCGUCGCGGAGACCUCCGUAAAGACCUCGGAGAAUACGACCACCACACCAGCCGAAGCUAUCGACACGACCCCUGCGCUGGGCAGCGCCAAGGUGAGCAUAGAGGGGGCUGGUAAGCUCUUUGUCGAUUCUCGCGAAGUGACCAUCCCCGAAGGUGGUGAGUUAUCACUCGAGGCAGGAUCGCAUGUCCUCGAGGUUCGCCAUAAGGACAGGGUGCGCGACACCAGGAACGUCGAGAUCAAGCCAGGGGAGGCGCUCGAGGUCAGCCUGUCUGGCUACAUUGCCAGCGCGCCCGAACCGAGCCCGCCAAAGCCUGAAGAGAUCACGCCCGCCAAGGUGAUUGUCAAAGUCUCCGGGGAUGGCGAGAUCAUGCUCGAUGGCAAGGAGGGUAAGGUGAAGGAGGGGCGCGCGGUGGAGCUAGAGCCUGGCAAGUACACGUUUACGGUGGUUCACAAGGGUGAGCCGCUCGACAGCGACACGGUCACGCUCGCGUCAGGCGACAGCAAGACGAUCAAGCUCAAGGGGCAUAAGAAGCCAUCCUAUGCCAACGUGGCGGUCGCGAUCAUCCCUGCAG